AUGGCUCUGUUGUCGUCUUCACGACUCGAGGCUAUUCGUCUCAUCCGUGAGCAGCUCCUUUGCUUACUAUGUGGCAAUAUAUUCCAGGAUCCGCAAUGUCUCGACUGCAAGCAUAAUUUCUGCCACCCGUGCAUCUUGUUGCACUUGAAAAAGAGCAAUUCUUACUGUCCGUAUUGUCAAUUACCUACAAGACCGAGCGAAGUGACGCGAAAUCAGUUCCUGGAGAGCAUUUUGGCGGCCUGGAAGGGUGUCGAGACAGAGCUCGAGGCUUUGAAUGGUGACCCGGCACUCCAUGCAGCAAAAUAUACAGUAGAAGACACCGAUCGAGCGUUUUGUCGAGCUGGUAAUGGGUCGGAUGCAGUAGCAAUGAGUGAAGACCGUCAAGGGGAAGAAAGGCAUGGGACGAGAGGUAGAGUGGCGAACCACAAGUGGCACAUCGAUACACAGGAAAUACGACACGAGCUUAAGCUGGAGCAGCCCUAUUUAUCUCAGCAUUAUGGCUCUCGCUGCACAGGAAAUAAAGCGUGCUGGAAAAAGACGAGUAGCGAUGACUUGCCUGAUGAUUACGGAGGAAGUGCAAAUGGUAGAAAAGAAGAGAAGAGCAAUGGACGGAGGAGUAAAGUGACUAGGAAGAGCGAGGAGAAGAUGUCGGUCGUGUCGCUCGAUCAAGCAUCUGCAGUAGAUCGCGAAGAGGUGACGAGAUGGAUACAGGGCGGUGAAGAGGAGAACACAGAGACUACAUGUGGAUUCGUGUCAUCAUCAGCUCACAGUUUGAUGGCAACGCAAGAGGUAGAGAGUUACAUGGACAGGAUUACCAAACAGCGGGAGGCGUUGAGUCAAUGGGAACGAAGUUUACAUGAAAAAAGCGAUGGCAAGCUGUCACUCUUGGACUUGGAACGCUCGUUGCACAGCAGCAAAGAUUUUGAUAAACUCCUGAAGGAACGGCGGAGAGAGUCGCAACGCUAUGACGAUGACGACUUCUUGUUGACACAGAUGUCACCAUAUACGAGUGCUCUCGAGUCACCUGAUUUGCUUGCUUCGUUCCGACGGCGACACCACCCAGACCACUUCGAAGGUGACAACGAUCGACGGCCAGUAGUGAAAGCGAAACGACGUGUUUUGCCUUCAUCGUCCCCGUCAUUGCAUUCGCAAGGCCAAGUAUCGUCACCGAUACGUAAAAAGUUGCGCAUGCCCACUCAUCAAAAUGAUCCCGCGGCUUACAGCGGCAACUCUACUUCGUCUAUCGAUCAGGUUAUUUCAGACAAGGACAACGAGAAUGAAAUACCGGACAGUCAACCAGCAACAAUUCAACUUGAUGAAGCACAUAGGGAAAUUGAUGAUGAAGAAGAGUACGAGACGAAGCCAGCCUUGCCCCUACCGCAAACACCUGGACACAAAACGCCUCCAUCCGACCAGCAUUGCGAACGUCUAAGAGAUUUGUUUUUGAGGAAGCAAGACCUCGUCAGUAAUGACUUUCAAAGUGUUGUCACGGCUUUUGUGUCGGAACACAAGAACGACAGCUGCAGUCCCAAGACUCAAGCAGCCAGACAACUGAUAUAUUCUGCUUCGAAAACUAAGCCUGCAGCUGGUGGAGUUGCAGCCAAAUGCGACAGCAAGACCACAAGACCAAGUUUCAGUGAAAUGUUGUCAGAGCCUCCCGUGCACACUUUGACCAGCAAUCCAAGGCCUUUGAAGGGUGGUUCUAAUUUUGUCUUCGUGAGCUCUGACCUUACCCGUGAGAAAGUAAAGCGUGUGCUGGAGGCGACUCAGCGUCUAGGAGGCAAGUUUGGACAUGACUUUGAUCUCAAGCGUGACCCUGUUACAGGCCACUUUUAUACAUCUGUAACGCAUUUGAUCACCAGAGCAGUGCCUCCUAUCGGUGCCAUUAGUGGCGCAGAACCGGAAGAGUUACGAUGUAAGCGCACCGCAAAGUACAUGCGUGCAUUGGCUGAAGGUAGUUUUGUGAUGGAUUUUUCUUGGAUCUCGGCCAGUCUAGCAGCAGGUAGAUGGCUAACAGAAGAACCGUUUGAGAUAAUCGGUGACAUCUAUAGCGAUGCUAUUGGAAAACCACACGAAGGCCGUAUCCGUCGCGUGCAGACUGGACGACGCAACAGCAUUUUUAGCAUGUUCAGCUUCGUGCUGCUUGUGUCGGAAAACGAAUUUGAUUUUCAGUUUAACUCGGUGAAAAAUUUGGUCAAUAAUUUUGGAGGUACCGUCGUGCAUGUCGAAAACUUCUUUAACCAAAAGAAGAAAAAGCGAUCCCGUCGUACAUCUGUUGGUGUAGUGUCCAAGAGUACAUUACCUUCGGAUGCUAAGGCCAAGUGGCAGCAAUUCCAGAUUCCAAUUGUGCGUAUCACGUGGAUUUUCGACAGUGUGAGUCACCUUGAAGUACUACCUUUUGACGAUUACUAUCCGUACUAG